CUCACACUCGCCGCCGACAGUCAGUGAUAGACACAAGCCUCGCCAUGGCGGACCCCUGGGCUCUGGCGAGGUACCUCCUCCUACCCUUCAGGCUCAUCAGGGCUGUCCUGUUCAACAUAGCUUUGACCGUCUCUGUGAAACUUUUCCCCAAAACCUUCAACAAAGUUUUCUUCACUGAACCAGACAAAAAUGCCAUGAACAAAUACAUAUCUCCUAUUGAGAAAAAUGUAGGAGAUUUGUCCUACAUAUGGCAAAGGAUGCGUAUGCACUGGCUGUGCGCCGUGCGGGAAACGGCCAUGGUCGCCCACGCAGGAGGCCCCGCCCCUAACCCGACCCUCGUCAGGCUGAGUGAUGGCUCCGAGUGUCGCCUGCUGGACAUGGCCAAGGCGAGCCGGCCGCUCGUCCUCAACUUCGGCAGCUGCACAUGACCUCCGUUCAUGGCCAGCCUCGGGAAGUUCCGCAAGCUGACAGCGGAAUACUCCGAGGUGGCCGACUUCGUCCUGGUCUACAUUUCGGAGGCGCAUCCCACGGACGGCUGGGCCAUCGAGGGAAAUGUGUUCCAGGUCUCCAACCACAAAAACAUGAAAGAGCGCGAGGAAGCAGCAAAGCGCAUGGUCGCCUUGGAGCCCCAAGACUGCCCGAUUCUCCUGGACAAGUUGGAUGACGCAGCUAACAAGGCAUACGCUGCUCUGCCCGAAAGACUCUACAUUGUGCACGAAGGAUCCAUCGCCUUCAAGGGCGACCCAGGACCCUUGCGCUAUAAGGUUCAUAAAGUAGAGGACUGGUUAAAGGCAUACAAGGAAAAGCGAGAAUAAACAGGAAUCGAGAGAGACGGCAUCUGCGAAGAAUUACUGGAAAAAAUGAGCGCUGUUAAUUACAUAUUGUUCUCAGAGUGGAUUUCUACAGUCAUGUUGUAGAAAUCAGUCUAAUCACCAAUUCCACCGCAGUAUUAAAUUAUGAAUUUGUUUAUAUAUCUUAAUGUAAUGCGUCAUAUCUUAGAAACCGUUAAAGCAUGGAGAUUUUGAGUCAGGACAAGUUACCACUUAUAUGACGUGUUUAUCAGAAAGGUGAACAGCCAAGAUAAGCACUGAUGAACUCGCGGUACCUGCUCCUGACCUUCUAGCUCUGGUCUUUAACGCUUAUAAUUCACAAGUAUAAAAAAACAAAUGUAUUACACCUCCGUUUUUAAUGUUUUGAAUAUGCAGCGAAAAACAUCAUAUAAAUGGAAUCAUUUUGUGAACAAUUUGUAAAAUUUCAGAUACUGCUCGCCGAAAAGUUUGUACAUAGAUUGAGGGAAACUGACAUAUUAUGAAACAAGUAGAAAUAAAAUAAUUGCUGUAUAUACUUUUACAUCUAGGUAUUGGCACGUCAUAAAUAAAGAUAAAAGUAGAAUUUAUAAAUUGUUAAAUUGGUAAAAGUGCUAUUAGCAUCAUAAAACGUAAAGAAUAAAUGAGUUGUUACUGUAUCUACUUUCGUUAACUACAAAGGUUGUCUUGAAUGCCCUGAUUGUAUGCAGCAGUAUUAAAAUUUGAAAGAAG